AACGGGAGCGUACGUGGACUCCAGGUGUUGUUUACUCCAGUUUACUCGUCAAUGAGUACUCCUCAUUAUGAAUUAUAAGCCAGGAAACGCGGGAAGAUGAGCCAAUUUGGCGACUCAAGAGGAAUCGAUCUAUUGGCAAAUCAGUCCCUAUCCUACGAGACGGACGUAAUUUUUUCUGUUGUACCGCGUGGUGCUAUCAUCUUGCGUCGUGCGUUGACUCAUACCUGCUCGGACUGCAAAUUCCGAACGUAUAACUCAUAACGCUAUGCCGUGAAACAACUAAAUCAGGACUGAGCGGAUCCGCAAUUAUUAACAUAGAACGCAACAAAAAUCACUCACAAAAUCACAAUGAUAAUCGCGUCGUCCCUGUUGUUCUUCUGUGGCGUUUACUUUGUGUUUGCUCAAAAGUAUGAGGGCUGUUUUCGGAAUUCCGAUUUAAAUGAACUACCCACUCCUACUUUGGGGCACGCCAGUACGCCCGCCGAAUGCGUCAAAAAAUGUCGUUCUCAAUAUUACAUGUUCGCAGGACUAAUGAACGGUCAACAGUGCUAUUGCGUUAACAAAUUUGGCCAGCCAUCAGACAGUUGUACUGUCACCUGUGCUUCUGGUUCUUCUUACUAUUGCGGCAGCUACGAAGCUAUGAGCGUUUAUGCUACCGGUCAGCAAGGUCCAAGUCCACCGAGAAGAGUAUCGGUAACCGAGGAGACAAAAGAUACUUUUAAAAUAACAUGGCUGCCACCAGAUAUACCCAACGGAAUAAUAAUAUUUUAUACCAUCCGCGCCGUCGUUGAAGAAACAUACUCGAGCAACAAUUUACCACCUAUCGAAAGUCAGAUUCAAGGAGGUUCAUCGAACAUGACGAUUCUGAGAGGUCUUCAGCCUGGCACUAAAUAUCACAUAUCUAUCACUGCCAACAAUACACAGGAGUCCAGUGAACCGGCUAAUACUACGGGGUGGACUUUGAUAGGUCCACCCGACAAACCAGCCAUGCCUAAAAUAUCGGAACGUGGAAAAGACACGAUUACCGUCAUGCUUACCGAGGGUUACAGCGAGUACGGACCGAUUAGCGCAUAUCAGAUUUUUGUUGUGCAAGCUGACGCUAUACCUCCGCCGGUCGAUGAAGAGUAUUUAGACUAUGAUUCCGCAUCGAAACAAGGGUUAAGUUAUUACGUUGCUGCGCAAUUCGAUCCGUUGGACUUUCAUAGAUACAAAAAGUUCGUCGUGGGCGAUGGAAGCAUGAUCGGUGGUUAUCAUAAUGUUCCGUUGCAAGAUCAAUUCGUUUCCGCGCAAAUCGGUUUGAUGAUAAUCUCGCGGAAAGCAGGGUAUAUACAACGUUCCUAUUCCAAUUUGGCCAAUACUAUACUCAAUCAUGAAAUGAAUCAAAUGGACACGACUGCUCUUGCGCUUUGCAUAGCGAUCACGCUGCUGAGUAUACUACUCGCCGUUGCGAUAUUGGUAUAUUUUGUACUGCGACGGCGACACGAGAGAUUCCACAUGCAGAAGUUACCAGAGCAGCAGGAACUCACGUUGCAGGGUCCGGUAUAUGAGGUGGACAAUAUGGCCUACAUUCCGGAGGAUAUCCCUGAAAGGGUGAAUCAUUAUCAAGAGUUGAAGAAGAAAGUCUGGAGUAUACCGCAAAACGUCCUGUCUGUUGAUGAUAAUGUCAUACGUAGAGGACGAUUCGGCAGCGUGCACACCGGAACCGUUUUGAAGGAUGACAAAUUCUGUCCAGUAACGAUCCACACCAUAGUCGACGGCGCACUGAAGGGAUCUGAUAAGAGGCAUAUGCUGAGAGAAUUAGACGUGUGCAUCCGAGCGGGUUCCAUGAAAUAUCUCGCGAGUCUCGUAGGAACCUGCGAGACCACCGACAUGUUGUACGUCGUGUUGGAGCUACCGCCUCAGAUCUUGAAGGAUCGUCUGUUAGGCGCGCGAUCGGGGGAUGUAUUCCCUACAGAUCAAAUAUUGUCCAUCUCAUCCUCGAUAGCGAUUGCCUUGCAAUAUCUGGCGAGCCAUAAGAUCAUCCAUAGUCGCCUCUGCGCGCGAAGCGUGGGAUUGUCGAGCGAUUGGAUCCCGAAACUUAUGGGUCAUGGUAUCGCCAAGCAUGCUUUGCAAGACUUAAAGUAUUCAAGGUGGACGGCCAUUGAGUGCUUUGACAAUCAGACGAAGCAUCAGCCGGGCGUGAUAUGGGCGUUCGGCGUGCUUCUCUGGGAGAUGUUUAGUAUGGGUGGUACACCGUACUCAAAUUUGGCGCUCGACAGCGAGAUGGAGGACGCGAUUACGCGAGGUAUCCGGUUACCGCAAUUAUUGGAUGUCACAGACCCGAUUUACGAAGUCAUGUUAUCCUGUUGGCGGGACGAUCCCGAAGAACGGCCCACGUUCGAUGAACUUACACGAUUGGAUACCUUGAGUGCUUGUCCUAUUACUGCAAUCACGGAGCCCUACUUACCGGAAUUGGAGUUGAAUUAACAUUCUCAUUUACUAUCUUUAGACCUGCAUUUAUUUAGUAACGUAUUGAAGUUGUAAAUAUCUCAUUGUGUUCACGAGAAUCUCGUAGCCAAUUUAUCGUUACCAAUGUAGGCAUACGUUUAUUAUCUGCAUUUUCUCUCUUUCUCUCUCUCUCUCUCUCUCCCUCCUCCUCUCUCUC